AUGACAAGCGUCCAGAUGUCCCGCUGUGCACCUAUAGGGUCCUUGACUCUGGAGCUGACAAGACUGAGCGGCUAUGAGGAGAUGAAGUGCACCACGCGGAAUGUUUACCCCGCCCCUCACGUCGUCUGGGCAACAGACCCACCCAAUUCCGAGGUCCUGCGACCAAUUACCCGCAAGCUGGCCGACAGACGAGGGCUCUACACAGUCGAGAGCAGACUCCGAAGGAUGAAGGCCCGAGCGGAGCUCAUAUACAUCUGUAAGGUCACUUCCGCCUAUGGCACGCAGACCCGGACUGCCUCACUGACAGAGAGAGAACUCAGCGGAUUAGGUGGGAGGGACCUGACCAUCCCUUGCCAUGCCCCUCCUUACCUGCAUAACCCCUCCCUCUCCUGGAGCUUCUCCAGCGGCAACGAACCCACCCUCAUCCUCACCUACGACAGCCUAUCGCAGCACAGCUUCGCCUCGCCGCCCUGGAGGGGCCGUGCGCUGUUGGACAUGUUGGGGGUUUCAGCUGGAGACGGCAGCCUGCAACUGUUGAAUGCCGACCACGUGAAACACACCGGUGUCUACACCUGCGUUUACUCAGCCCAACAUAACACACACACCGAACACACCGAGGUCCUCAUCUCUGCUGCAGGUGAACGACUUCAUCCCUGGGAGCCAUCCCAUUGGUGGAUCAUUGCCUUGGUGAUCGCGCUGCUGGUCGUAGCGCUCGUGGGCAUGUUGGUGUAUCUGAAAAUUAAAGGCAGCCACUCAAAGCCCAGAAAGUGUCCAGAAGAGGCCACCGAGCUGCAGUCGGUGAAAGACAAAACAGAAGGAAGUAACUUAACUGAAACCAACCCCCUGGCAGUGGAAAACACUCGAUAAGGUAUCCUCCAUCUGGCUCCCCAGUAAGAGGAGACAGAUGAGAAACCCAACGGAACAUGGACUAAAACAUCAGCUCUGAUGAAGCAUUAAGAGAUUUCUCAAAACACAACUAAAGGAAGCCCC